AUGACAUAAGACCCUUUGCAGCUAAACAAUCAGAUAUUAAACUCGUUAACUUCUGAGUUUUCGGAUUUUCUCAAAAGUUAUUCGCAGUAGAUUUCUAAUUUGCCGAUGACAGCAGGAAUGCUUGAUUAGUUCAAGGAGAUUGAAGUGCCAUUAAAGUUUAAAAUAAACAGUGAGGAUUUAGAAGUCAAAGAUGAUGAGAUGAGAUAACUUGAAAUUUCUCAGAAAAAAAUUAACAAUAAAAUAAAACCAGCAGAGGUACUUGCAAACUUAAAUGAUCGAAGAAAUAAGAUAUUUUCAAAGUUUUCUCCAGUUGAGGAAGAGAGGAAAGAAAAAAUGGAAGCCUUUCUCAGAGAUUAGAAAUUUACUGCAUACUCUAUCGCUCAUAAUGGGACUUAUCUAUGGAAAUCUCUAAUGCAUGAAAGGUACAGAUGGCUUAAGAAAGUCAGAAUCGACUAAGAAUAUGGUGCUUAGGGUCUAUGUAAUUCUGAUUAGGAUUUAGAUGCUCUUCUAAAAGGAUAUUUUAGUCGAAGCAGUAAUCAUAUAGAUGAUAAAGAAUAGAAGAAAAUGCUUAAAGCAAUCUCAGAAAAGUAUAAUUCAUACUUCAAAGGGAAAUCAAGUCUAAUGAUUUAAUUUCAGCAAAGAGUUCCUCUAAAUAUUCUAACUUUAGAAACUCAUAUUUAUGCGAAGGUAGUUUAAAGUAUGAAAAAAACUUUGAGAUAUUUGCAUUAAAGGUUGUAAUCAGUGAUGGUUUACGGUUAGAACUCAAAUGCAACUGGAUAGGGAAAUACAAUGCUAUUGUUUAAGCCUUAUGAGACUAAUAAGGUAUUUUACUUAAACUUCUUCAACUGUAUUAUGAACUAUUAUCUAAAUUGCAAAUAAAAGUACAAAGAAUUUAAGCCAACGACAGAAGAAAUCAAAGAAAACGUUAAAGUCUACUAUGAUUUUCACAUCAACAAACUACCAGCAUUUUCAGUGCUUUAAAUUGAGCAACAUGCCAGCAAAGCUAUACCUCAGAAUCCAUAGAUUACGAAUAUGCAAUAAACAUCAUCAGGAUAAAUACAAUUCUAAUUGGAUGUCAGUAAACAAUAGCUUUUAAAUAUAUAUCAAGGUGAACUCUAUGGGGCUUAAAAUGGGAUGAAAUUCAAGACUAUACUUAAGAAUUUCUUUGUUCUAUUUAUUUUACAAGAUCCAUUGAUAAAUAAACUGAUACUUUAAUUCAAGGAUUAAAUCAUUGAAGACCUUAAAACUCCUUUCAUGAAUGGAGAACUGGAUAAAGAUGAGUAUUAAUCUCAAUGUUACAUAGAAAGUUUUGAAGAGGAUCUCGUGAAUUAACUUCGGAAAUUCAGACAGUUAAUAAGGUAUAGCAGUGGAGGUAUCGGAGGAAAUUGUAAUAGCUAAUACAAGAACAAUGUUAGUGGCUGUAUAUAAAAUAUGAGAUAAAGAUGGGUAGAGUGGUAUCGUUAUCUUUAUCAUUUGGAAUUCUUUUAACUCCAUGAUGUAAUGGAGGAUAAUCAUAAGAUAGGUAUUAAAAUAGAAAAUGAUAAUUAGCAAUAGCAAAGUGAUAAGAGACUCAGAUUAUCCUAAUUGAUAUGUGAUAAAAUAGAGUAUCUUAGCGAGGAUUCUGAUGAUGGCAGAGACUCUAAAUAUAAUAUACUGGAUGAAACUGACAUGAUAGAGGAAGAAGAUGAAUGUGCUGAGGAUGAUGAAGAAGAUGGAGCAGAAGAGUAUGGAAAUGAAACUGUUGCAAACUAAAUGUAAAAGCAGCCUGACUCAGGUGCUGGAAAUACUAAAGAUAACUAGGCAUAAUAGAAGAAGAAGCGUAAAAAUAAAAAAAAGAAGAAGAAUAAAGAAGAUGGUUCGGAAAAUAGAGAUAGUGCUGGAGGAGUUAGCAAUAGUAUACUUGGGGGAAAUCUGACUGAGCAGGAUUAUAAAUACUUAAACAACCAGAUAUUGCCUUGUAUUAAUAAGAUAAUUUCUAUCGCAAAUGCUGAUGAUUUCCUUAAGGGAGAUUUUAAUAUAGAUUUUAACAGAGAUUCACUACAUUAAUAUAAUGCUAGUAUUAGAGAUUCUAAUACAGGCCUAGAUGAUGCUUUUGAUGAUAGCUUUAUUGAUGAAGAAACUCAAACACUAGAGGAUCAGCUAAUAUAAGAGUUUGAAUAGAAUCUUGACCGAGAUAGCCAAAGAGCAGCUGAGAGUGCUAGGCCGAAAUUAAAGCCAAAUCUGAGCAAGGAAUGGAUUGAUAAAUAUAAAUAAAUUAUGAGAAAGGUGAUUGACAUAACUAGCAAAAGUUCUCCUAAAGAAUAAAUGGAACCUGAAGAGUGA